AUGGUUUACCAAAUAAAUGAAGACGGCGAGCCCCCGGCGAAGCGCGCGACCCCCUCAAUACGACUCGAUGCUGGUUUCAAAUGGAACUUACAAACCUUGGCGAACGCAGCGGACGCUGUUGAGUCGGGAGGUAAGUCCCCGGUGUCGGCGCUGAACGAGCUCGGCGUCAAGGUGCACUACACCGUGCUGAGGCAGGGCGGGCCCGCUCACUGCCCCAGCUUCACUGUUGCUGUCACGGUAGCUGAUAUGAACUUCGAGGGUUGGGGCCACAGCAAGCGCGAGGCGCGGGCGUCUGCGGCUCGAGCUUGUCUAGCGGCCCUACUGGCUCGAGCCGGCAGGGUGCUGCCCGCACCUUCGCAUAACCAGGACUUCACCAGCGAUGACCCGGCUAAGUUCCCAGUGUCGGAGUUUCAAUGCUUGGAGACGAAGAACACGUCCUCUGGAACCGGGCUGGACAACAAAACGGCGGAGACCAAUGGAACCAGUAAUGGAAAUGUGGUGGGUGGUCGUCCCCCCACUCCUCCACCGUCCCCGCGCACGGCCCUGUUCGGGUCGACGGUGGCGCCCCCUGCCAACAAGAGCCCCAUCAACGUGCUGUACGAGAAUUACUCGGGGCUGGCCUUCCAGUGUACCUUCGGGGACGGCACACCACUCGAAGCUAGCCAAGCGCCUCUGCAGUUGAGCCACAGCAUGAGGUUCAAGGUCGUCUGCCAGAUCAAGGAACAGAAAUUCGAGGGUUAUGGCUCGAGCAAGAAGCUGGCCAAGCUGGCAGCGGCACGAGCAGCCCUGGCAGCGCUGGAGGGGGGGCGCACGACCCUGGGUGGGGAGGGAGGCUCCGCGGCUGGACCUGGCGCCGCGCUCCAACAGACGCUGGCUGACCACAUCGGGAAAUUGGUAAACGAGAAGUUCAACGAGCUGAUGAAGAACGACGUGGUGCAUUCGAAGCGGAAAGUUCUCGCCGGGAUCGUCAUCACCAUCAAUAACAGGAUCGAAGACGCCAGGGUGAUCGCGGUGACGACGGGCACCAAGUGCGUGUCGGGCGAGCACAUGUCCGUCACGGGCCGCGCCGUCAACGACUGCCACGCGGAGGUGGCUGCGCGCCGAUGUCUCCAGAGGCACCUGUACGCACAGCUGCUGAUGUACGCCAACAGCCCUGACCCCCUGCAGCCUAUCCCGGAGUGCGACCUGGAGCCGGUGGGGGACGGGGGGGGCUACAGGAUGCGCGCCGACCGCCAGGUGCACCUCUACAUCAGCACCGCCCCCUGCGGCGACGGCCGCAUCUUCAGCCCGCACGAGCAACAGGACGCUGAGCCCGACAAGCAUCCCAACAGACUGGCGCGGGGCCAACUGAGGACCAAAAUAGAGUCGGGGGAGGGAACCAUCCCCGUCAAGAACUGCACCAAUAUUCUACAGACUUGGGAUGGAGUUAUGCAGGGCGAGCGGCUGCUGACGAUGUCGUGCUCGGACAAGGUGGCGCGCUGGUGCGUGGUGGGGCUGCAGGGCGCGCUGCUGUCGCGGCUGCUCGCGCCCGUCUACCUGCACUCGCUCGUGCUCGGCUCGCUGCUGCACCCGCACCACAUGUACAGGUACGAGCCGGACCUAUCGCGCUGCCUUGCGGUUUCUGCCAAUAAUAAGCAGAUAAUGUAG